UCGUUUAGUAUUUCUUUGUGAUUCCUGGGAGCCUCACCCCAUUCUGUUCCUGGUCUCUAUUGAGUCAAUAGUGUCUGUGUGGGAUAACUUUCGCACUAGUUAUAGGUUUUUGAGUAGUUGAUACAAAAUGGACACUCUGAUUGACUUAUUGAAUACAGAUAAAUGGACCGAGGUAAAUUCUGCUGAUCGUGGAGAGGGAUUCGUCGAAUGUGCCAUUAACAGGAACGCUAAGCAAGUCGAUCCAAACACUCUCGCCAUAAUGAUUGCAGACGAUGCCGGAAACUGCAGAACCGUGACUAUUAACAACACAAGGGAAAAUAAAAAUCCGGUAAAAAACGUCGGGCGAGCGGAAAUUAAGCUGGACGAGGAGGGCAAGACGGUACUGGGGAUAGAUAUCGAUGGCGACUGUGUGGUUGCAAAAAGCUAAUAUUUAAAGGCUUACCGGUUAUGUGGACAGAAGUUUGUCCUCGCUCAACUCAUCAUAUGCACGACAGCAAGGUUGAAAUAAGUGACUUGUACAUAAUGUGGCAUCUCCCAGCAUUUUAUAAUUUUAUACCUUUGAAGUGUGCACGAGAUAUUGUGUGUCUGAUGUAUCAUUCAGUUUGUGGCUACACCUGAUUAAAUGGAACUUAUUA